UAGGUCCAAACAAUAAGAAACGAGUAAGCCCAAAUAGGCCCAUAACCUAAAACCCCAAAUCUCAAAACCCCCAUUUUGCAUUACAACGAAACGGACAGACAAAACAAUCAUGGCGCAGUGGUGGCGCUCCGCCGUCAACCACCUCCGAUCAACGGAGGUAAAUCAUAGCUCAUUAUCCUCACUCCGUCGUAGUCAUUCUUACCACACUAUCCAAGCAAUCCCGAGAGAAAGCACCGGCAGUAAAGUCGCCGCCAGAGACAGAAUGCAAGGUCGAAUUCCGGCCGUCGUUUUCUUCCAGAACCUUCUCGAAAAGAACCCUGAAUCACGAUGUUCUUCAAGGAAGCAUUUGCUCACCGUCGAGAAGAAGCAGAUUAAGGCAGUACUCAAUUCGAUUGAAGCUCCGUUCUUCUGUUCCACCCGUUUUCCGAUUCAGAUUCGUGCUGGUUCCGGAUCUACUCAUUUGCUUGAAAGUGGAACUGUUCUACCUAUCAAGAUUCAUAGGGAUGAAGAGAGUGGGAAUAUUUUGAAUUUGGUGUUUGUUUGGGCUGAAGAUGGUAUGGAUUUGAAGGUUGAUGUGCCUGUUGUUUUCAAAGGUGAAGAUGAUUGUCCUGGUCUAAAGAAAGGUGGAUUUUUGAAUAAGAUCAGAACUAGUCUAAGAUAUCUUGGUCCCUCUGAGCACAUUCCUUCAAAAGUUGAGGUGGAUAUCAGCAACUUAGAUAUUGAAGAUAGGAUAUUCAUGCGUGAUAUUGAGGUUCAUCCAUCCUUGAAGCUUCUCAAUAAGAAUGAAAACAUGCCCAUAUGUAAAAUAGUUCCAACAAGUUUGGGAAACCAAGAACCAGUUGCUGCGUGAUCACUGAAACAACUUAUGAGAAUCGACAGUGUGCAUUCAUAGAGAGAAAUGCAGAGGCUUCCAAAUAAACAGGGUUAACUCCCUGAUUUGAUGGUAGGUAGUGACGAGUGCAACACCUGAGAUUUCUAGAACUGUUUUGUAUUAGACUUCAUUGGUGAAUCCGUAUAGGUGGCUGUUGAUUUACAAUGGAUUGAUUAUUUUCAUUCAAUCUUCGAUUGCAUAAAGUUGUUUUUCACCUUGUUUAAUUCUUGAGAAAAUAGGUCAUGCACAAUCAGUGUAAACGUCCAAUGAGAAUCAAGUAUGUGUUUGUUAUCUCUAGAAAGUUGAAUAUUGGUGCAAAACUAAUUAACACCAACAUUGCAUCACACCAUUAAACUGUUAUUCUUUUUUCAA